AUGAAGAAACAGAGUAAGAAGGAGGCAGCCCCACAGUGUGAGCUUAAAUCCUUUUCUAAGAACUCAGGCACUCAGGUGUCCACCAUGGUGUUGGGUCCUGAACAGAAGAUACCAGAUGAAGAUGCUUCUGGAGACCAUGGAGACUCUGCCAGUCUUGGUGCCAUCAACCCUGCCUACAGUAACUCCUCAAUUCAGCAGUCCCCUGGGGCGGGCUCAGCGGACCCCUUCACCACCUACUUUGAUGAGAAGAUUGCCAUUCCUGAGGAGGAGUACUCUUGUUUUAGCUUUCGUAAACUCUGGGCCUUCACGGGACCAGGAUUUCUUAUGAGCAUUGCUUACCUGGAUCCAGGAAACAUUGAGUCUGAUUUGCAGUCUGGAGCAGUGGCUGGAUUUAAGUUGCUCUGGGUUCUUCUAUUGGCCACCAUCGUGGGGCUCCUGCUCCAGCGCCUUGCAGCUCGACUGGGAGUGGUCACUGGGCUGCAUCUGGCUGAAGUGUGCCACCGCCAGUAUCCCAGGGUUCCGCGAAUCAUCCUGUGGCUGAUGGUGGAGCUGGCUAUCAUUGGCUCAGACAUGCAGGAAGUUAUUGGCUCAGCUAUUGCCAUCAAUCUCCUGUCUUUAGGAAGGGUUCCUCUAUGGGGUGGAGUUCUCAUCACCAUUGCAGAUACUUUUGUAUUUCUCUUUUUGGACAAAUAUGGCUUGAGGAAGCUGGAAGCAUUUUUUGGUUUUCUCAUCACUAUUAUGGCCCUCACAUUUGGCUAUGAGUAUGUUACAGUGAAACCCAGCCAGACCCAGGUCCUCAAAGGCAUGUUCCUACCAUCCUGUUCAGGCUGUCGUACCCCACAGAUUGAGCAGGCUGUGGGCAUCGUGGGCGCUGUUAUCAUGCCACACAACAUGUACCUGCAUUCUGCCUUAGUUAAGUCCAGACAGGUAGACCGAGCCAAUAAGCAGGAAGUUCGAGAAGCGAAUAAGUACUUCUUCAUUGAGUCCUGCAUCGCGCUCUUUGUUUCCUUUAUCAUCAACGUCUUUGUCGUCUCCGUGUUUGCCGAAGCCUUUUUUGGGAAAACCAACGAGCAGGUGGUUGCAGUCUGUAGCAACAGCAGCAGUCCCCACACUCACCUUUUCCCAGAGGAUAACUCAACACUGGCUGUGGACAUCUACAAAGGGGGUGUUGUGCUGGGGUGUUACUUCGGGCCUGCCGCUCUCUACAUCUGGGCCGUGGGGAUCCUGGCUGCGGGGCAGAGCUCCACCAUGACAGGGACCUAUUCCGGCCAGUUUGUCAUGGAGGGAUUCCUGAACCUAAAAUGGUCACGCUUUGCCCGAGUGAUUCUGACCCGCUCUAUUGCCAUCAUCCCCACUCUGCUUGUGGCCGUCUUCCAAGACGUGGAGCAUCUAACAGGGAUGAAUGACUUCCUCAAUGUUCUUCAGAGCUUACAACUUCCCUUUGCUCUCAUACCCAUCCUCACGUUUACGAGCUUGCGGCCUGUGAUGAGUGAAUUUGCCAAUGGAUUAGGCUGGAGGAUUGCAGGCGGUAUCUUGGUCUUUAUCGUCUGUUCCAUCAACAUGUACUUUGUCGUGGUUUAUGUGCAGGAUCUAGGGCAUGUGGCAUUGUACGUGGUGGCUGCAGUGGUCAGCGUAGCUUAUCUGAGCUUUGUGUUUUACUUGGGUUGGCAGUGUUUGAUUGCACUGGGCAUGUCCUUCCUGGACUGUGGGCACACGUACCAUCUGGGAUUGACAGUUCAACCUGAACUCUACCUUCUGAACACCAUGGAUGCUGACUCACUUGUGUCUAGAUGA